UGGCUCUGGCCUUACGGUCACCCUGGAUGCCUGCUUGCAGUAAGGUGCGCGGUCCGGUCCGCCCACAUCAUACCCCUUUUCUCGCAAUGUCUUUUGAGACAGAUAUCCCCCCUGACCUGGAAUCAUUGUGCAGGUUAGAUCCGUAUUUGAAACCUCAUGAACACGAGAUUAAACGACGAUAUGGCUGUCUGCAGAAGCUUUUGCGUGGCAUUGAGGCAGACCAAGGCGGUUUAGAUUCCUUCACUUCAGGUUAUAAGUAUUUUGGGCUGAAUAAAACCCCAGACGGUGGUAUUGUGUGCCGGCAAUGGGCUCCUGCAGCAAAGGCAGUGUAUCUGAGAGGAGAAUUUAAUGAGUGGCGAAGUGGUGAGCAUGCUUUCAGGAAUAUUGGAUAUGGCAAGUGGGAGUUGUCUUUGCCACCAAAAGAUGAUGGAUCCUGUCCAAUUGCACACAACUCUAUAGUAAAGUUGCAGAUUCAAAGUCAAUCAGGAGAUCUUUUGGAGAGAAUCUGCCCCUGGACGAGUUACGCUGUGCAGUGUCAAGACACCAUGCUGUUUGACAGCGUAUGGUGGGAUCCUCCUCAGCCAUACCAAUUCAAGCAUCCUGCUCCCAAGAUUGCGGGAGGGCUUAUGAUCUACGAGGCACACGUCGGCAUUGCUUCCUGGAAAGGAGAGAUUUCAAGUUACGACAACUUCACAGACAAUGUUCUGCCAAGGAUACAAAAGCAAGGUUAUAAUGCAGUACAGCUGAUGGCUGUUAUGGAGCAUGCCUACUAUGCAAGCUUUGGAUAUCAAGUCACUAGCUUCUAUGCAGCCGCAAGUCGCUGUGGCAACCCAGAUGGCCUGAAGAGGUUGGUUGAUGAGGCCCACCAGCGAGGUCUUGUGGUAUUCUUGGAUGUCGUCCAUAGCCAUGCAGCCAAGAAUGUGUUGGAUGGACUCAACCAGUUUGAUGGAUCCAAUUCCUGUUUCUUCCAUGAUGGCCACCGUGGUGAGCACAUGCUGUGGGAUAGCAGGCUGUUCAAUUAUACCAGCUGGGAGGUACUUCGUUUCCUUCUGUCCAAUCUGAGAUGGUGGGUGGAGGAAUAUCACUUUGAUGGUUUCCGGUUUGAUGGAGUUACGUCCAUGAUAUAUCACCAUCAUGGCAUAGGGACAGGAUUUAGUGGAGGCUACCAUGAGUAUUUUGGCUUAUCAACAGACACAGAUGGUCUAACCUACCUGACACUAGCCAACCACAUGCUGCAUUCAUUCUACCCAGAUAUCAUCACUAUCGCAGAGGAUGUUUCUGGGAUGCCUGCAUUGUGUCGUCCAGUCAGUGAAGGAGGCAAUGGUUUUGAUUACCGUCUUGCCAUGGCUCUACCUGACAAGUGGAUUAAGUUGUUGAAAGAGCAGAAAGAUGAAGAUUGGAACGUAAGUGACAUUGUCUGGACUUUGAUAAAUCGUCGUCAUGGUGAGAAAGCAGUUGCGUAUGCAGAAAGCCACGACCAGGCUCUAGUUGGUGACAAGACGUUGGCAUUCUGGUUAAUGGAUAAAGAGAUGUACACCAACAUGUCUAAGUUGACUCCAUUAACCAUGGUCAUUGAUAGAGGCCUUGCAUUGCAUAAAAUGAUCCGUCUCAUCACGCACGCACUGGGUGGAGAAGCAUGGCUCAAUUUCAUUGGAAAUGAGUUUGGUCAUCCAGAAUGGUUGGAUUUCCCACGUCCAGGAAACAACAACAGUUUCCAUUAUGCCAGGAGACAAUGGAACACUGUGGAUGACCCCAAUCUACGCUAUCAACAUCUCAAUAACUUUGACCGGGCCAUGAAUGAGUUACAACAGAAGAAACAAUGGUUGAAGAGUCCUCAGGCUUAUAUUAGCUGCAAACAUGAAGGAGACAAGCUGAUUGUGUUUGAACGAGCAGGUCUUGUCUUCAUCUUCAACUUCCAUUUCACGAAGAGCUUCACAGACUAUCGCAUCGGCACCAAUGUACCUGGAGAGUACAAGAUACUUCUUGACUCUGAUGCAGAAGAGUUUGGUGGUCAUUGCAGACUUGAUCAUAAGACACAGUACUUUACAUCACCAUCACCAUGGCAUGACAGGCAACAUUCACUGCAAGUGUAUAUACCAAGUCGUGUGGCCUUGGUGCUCGGUCUGGUAUACGACACACCCUCACCCUGAUGUUGCAGCUGAUAUUAUGACAAUGACUGUAACAACCACAAUGGCUGAACUGUGAUUGGAACUGGCUAUUAUAUACCUCUAGGGUAAAUCUAACCCUUUAAGUGCAUGUUAUUUUGAUCCAAAAUGAUUUUUUUGUGUUGGGUAGACGAUAAACGUUGGACACAAUGAUGCUCUGACAAACUGAAAUAGCAUGGUCAACUUAAAGCCUAACAUGCAGAAUGUUGAAUCGUUCAUUUUUUUAGAAUGCACUCACAGUACUAAAUUCUAAAGAUGUAGAUCAUUAUCCGUCUGUAAAUUCAACAUUUGAUUUGGUUUUCGUAUGAAAAAGUGAGAUGGUAAAGAAGCAGCUUAUUGUAGUCGAUUAAAGAGAG